AUGGUGUUCGUCCUCAUGACCCUCUGCGGCCUCGUCCUCCUCGUCCUCAACGUCGUCAUCAUCGCCUGCAUCUUCCGUCGCCGCAGGAGGAGGAUGCUGAGGGCAUCUUCAAGGACGAAAGCCAAGUCCGAAACGCCGGUGACCUGUGAUGACACGGACGGCUUCCUGCCCCUCAAGACCCGCACGCCUUCGGGGUCAGCUCAGUGCCAGGGCGCCCCCAGCGGCUCCUCCGCCAGAGCCUCGCACCGUCAGUCCGCCGGCCCCUCCCUGGGGAAGACGCCGCCCAGGGAGGACGCGAAUCUGCCCCAGAACGGCGGCGUCCCCUCCAAGAAGUCCCCGGCCAGAGAGCGACGUCGGAAGGGGCGCUCGGCGCAGCGCGACGUCUCUCCCGACGCCCGCGGCGAGGAGGAGUGCUGUCCCGCGUCCUCCGUCCCUCUCCCGACUCCUCCGGCGGCGCUCUACGGGAACCUCGACGCCGCCGCGCACGUGCUGCCCUUCGCCGCCCCGCGACACGUGCACAGCCACACGCACAGCUGCAUCAUCCACAGCCCGCAGGAUCAGCCCCCGCACCUCCACGCGCCCGUGUUCAUCCCCAGCGUCUACGACGGGCGGGACUUCGCCCACACGCUCCCGGGGCGCCAGUACGUGUGCCGCGACCACCAGAGGCGCCCGCCCCAGGGGCACGGGCAGCAGGACGGUCACCAUGAGUGCCAGGCACAGUCUCCCAAGGCGUAUCACCAGGGACCGCAUCAGCCGUACCAGGGAGAAUACCAGGCGCGUCCAAUGCAGCACAGGGGGUACCAAGAACAGCGCGCAGCAUACCAGGGGCAGCAGGAAGCAUACCAGCGGCAGCACCAGGCGCGCAGUACCAAGCACAGCCGGACGCGCAGCAACAGCAGGCACACGUGGACGACAGCCCUUCGCGUCAGAGGCCCCGCCUUCCCCGGGACGGACCAGCUGCUCAACAGACGUACUUGGAUGCGUACGGACUGGAGGGCACGGGCGGCGCGCCCCUGGAAGACCCCGCUGCCCAGUAUCCCGCUGAAGAGGCUUCUCACCAACAGUCGCACUUUGUCCGCAGGGGGCCCAGUUACCGUGCUAACGGAGGAGGACCAGACGUCUUCCUUCCUGGAGACCCUGCAGCGCCCUCCGGAGGCCUUCGCGGACCCGACGUCCUUCGACCACCCAGUCUACUUCCUUCCGCAUCAUCCUGAGGGCCACGGUCCUCCCCUUCCUUCCCCUGCGCUCCCCCGAGGGACGGGCGGCAUGGCCUCCCGCCCUUGCCCCUCGAUGCCAGCCCCUCUCCCCUUGCCCUACUCGCACCAGCACACGCCGGCGCCCUUUGACCAGGAUCGCCCGCCCUCCUCCGGCCGAAGUCCUAGCCAGAGCCGCCCUCCGCCACCCAGCCCAGGCCACCGCCACCCCACGCCGCCCACCCCAGGUCCCAGCACCCACCCCCAGCCCAGGCCACCGCCACUCCACGCCGCCCAGUCCCCGAGAUUCUCGCCGCCCAUCCCCGCCCACGCCAAAGACGCCCACCUCGAGGCGGCCGUCCCCGAGUGCGAAGAGCAGGCGCGCCCAGCAGCCGCCCGACAGCCCGAGCCAGGCGCCGCGCCCACCGCCCGCCGCGGGACCGAGCCGCCCGCCGCCCAGCCCCAAGCAGCGCGCCCAGCCCCUGCGCGUGGCCCCAGCCCGACGGUCGAGCGGCGGCGGCUGCCCCUCGCGUCCAGCAGCAGCUGUUCCGCUCCAAGGUGGCCUUCAAGCGGGGUCCCUCGCCCCUCCGCCGCCCCCACCGCCCCCGCCUCCUUCGGCGCAGUUCGCGAGACGCCCGCGCUUCCCGACGACUUCCUGUGGCAGCGAGGGGUGGGCAGGACGCCGGGGCAGGAGGGGACGGACGCCGUCGAGGGAGGACCAAACACGACCAACAGAACCAGAUGA